AUGAAGCACCAGUACACAGCAAUCCGCCAUUUCAAGGAUAAGAUGGUAAAGGGAGACUUAAUUUUACAUCUGGAUUUCUCCGAGAACUAUUUUUGCAAAUAUGGGAAUGAAAUCCAGUCAGUGCAGUAUGGUGACUCUCACCAGCUGGACACAUUGCACACGGUUGUGGCCUGGACGACACAGGAAGUGACGUCCAUGUGUUCCCUGAGCGCCUCCAUGAGGCAUGAUCCUGCAGCCAUUUGGGCCCACACCAACAAAUCAGUCACUCCAGUGGUGUUAUGUUUGGAAGAGCCAGGUGACGAAUUGAAAGAGAAGGAGACGAAGGCGAAAGGAAAGAGCAAGGCAGUUACCCACACCUCAGACGGGGAGACGGACAGGGGCACGAGCAAGAGCCACCCGGAGAAAAAGAAAAAGAAGGACGAGAGUGAGGAAAAGAAGAAAAAAGAAGAAGAGGAGGAUGAAGGGGAAGACGUAGAGCUCGAGGAUGAGGAGAACAACAAUGAGCCCAAACGAAAAGAAAAGAAAAAGGACAAAACAGUUGAGGAGGACGAUGGGAACGAGGGAGUGAGAGAGGAGAAAAGGAAAAAGAAGAAAAGCACCUGCACAGGGAAGAAAGAAAGGGAGAAAAUGGGCUCAAAAAAGAAGGGGAAGAAGGGAUCAGACAGCGAUGAGGACAAAAAGGGAAAGAAGGGAAAGAGCACAGCGAAGCUCUCAGAUUAUUAUGAGACCUACCACAACCAACUUCUCAACUACGAGUCGGAGUCCUCAGAUGACUAUGAAGAGGAGUAUUACCGCAAGAAAGUUUAUGAGGUAGUGACAGUAACAGGUGACGUGAAAGGAGGAGGGACUGAUGCUAACGUGUUUGUCACCCUCUUUGGAGAAUACGGUGUCACUCCCAAAGUUCACCUGGCCAACAAAAAUGCGUUGGCAUUCGAUAGAAAUAAAACCAAUGUAUUUCGAAUAAAGACACACAAUGUGGGGACUAUACAGAAGCUAAGAAUUGAGCAUGACAACACAGGUAUGAAUGCGGGCUGGUACCUGGACCGUGUGAUGUUGACGGAAGUGAGUCGACCACAUCUGCGCUUCUUUUUCUCCUGUACCAACUGGCUGAGCCGGGAGCUAGGAGACACACUCAUCUUCAGAGAUCUGCUGGGCACUCUCAACCCUAUGGAUGUGCCCAAACUGAACAGAUACAUGGUGAGUGUGUCUACACCAGAUAUUAAGGGCAGCGGAACAGACGCUGAUGUGUUUCUCAUCAUCUUUGGAGUGAAAGGAGAUUCCGGUGAUCGUAGGCUGGACAGUAAAGAUAAAGAUAACUUUGAGAGGGGAGGUGAAGACAAGUUCGUUGUUGAGGCUCCAAAUCUGGGUCGUGUACAGAAGAUCACUAUUGGACACAACAACAAGGGAAACUCAGCUGGGUGGGCCUGUGGGAAGGUGGAGAUAGAAGACAAAGGAAAUAAAGAGGUGUAUGAGUUCCCCUACGAUGAUGCCUGGUUUAACAUCGACGAUGGUGAUGGCAAAAUACAGAGGGACGCACUGGUGGGAACAACAGGGGUCAUCUAUAACGUGCAGGUGAUGACAGGUGACCUUCGUGGGGCAGGGACAAACUCCAAAAUCCACCUGGUGAUGUAUGGGAAAAAGGGAUUGACUAAUAGUGGCAAAGUGUUCCUGGAGGGGGGCACAUUUGAGCGUUCUCAGAUCGACAUCUUCAAUGUGGAGAUUUGUACGUUGCUCAGCCCCCUCAGCAGGGUGACCAUCGGACACGACAACGCCGGGGUCAGCUGUGGCUGGCACUGUGAAAAGGUGACAGUGUACUGUCCUUUCACUGGGAUAGAGCAGGUGUUCCCUUGCUGUAGAUGGUUCGAUCAGGAUAUGGGGGAUCACAUGGUGGAGAGAGAGCUCCCUGAGAUGAUCUCACUCAGAAAGAAAAAACUGAAGAAGUACCCAUGGUCGUUAUGGGUCUUUACGUCGGAAAUGAAGGGUUCAGGCACGGAUGCCCAGGUGUUUGUGCAGAUCUACGGAGAGAAGGGCAAGAGUGAUGAGUACAAGCUCCAGAACAAGUCAGACAACUUUAAACAAGGACAAAUCGACAAAUUUGUGGUGGAGCUGCCGGACCUUGGACGGGUGCGAAAGCUUCGCAUCUGGACAGAAAAAAGAAGUCCCUUCUCAGGCUGGCACCUCAACAGGGUAUCACUAUUGAAUACACUAACUAAAGAGAAGUACAAGUUUGCCUGUGGCCGUUGGUUGGACAUCAAAGAGGAUGAUCAGGAAAUCAUCAGAGAGCUGCCGGCAACUGGACCCCUUGUUCCAGAGCCAUUGCCAAUCAUCAUAUACCGAGUGACAAUCUGCACGGGGAAUGUGAGUGGUAGCGGCACGGACGCGAAUGUGUACAUGACUAUGUUUGGAGACCUGGGCGACACGGGGGAGAGACUGGUGUUCCAGAGCCAGAACUACAACAAGUUUGAGAAAGGCAAAGCGGACGAGUUUACGAUUGAAGCGGUGUCGUUAGGCCCGAUUCGGCGGAUCCGGAUCGGCCAUGACGGGACGGGCGUAUGUAGCGGUUGGUUCGUGGAUAAAGUGUUGGUCCGUGAGGACGGCCAACCAGAAGUGGACGCUGUGGAAUUCCCCUGUAACAGAUGGUUGGAUUGUAAUGAGGACGAUGGUCAAAUUAUGAGAGAGCUGGUCCCCACAGCAGAUGGCCAGUGUCUAUUCAAUGUGAAUUACCACAUUGCCAUCAGGACGGGCAGUAUAAGCGGAGCCAGCUCUGACUCCAGGGUGUUUGUGAAGCUCUAUGGGGAAAGGGGAGACACAGUUAAAGCUCUGUUGCUUGUGUCUGAGAACGACCUGGGGAACUACUUUGAGACGGGACAGGUGGACACCUUUAUACUGGAGACAAUUGACAUUGGGAAGAUAAACCGCAUGCUGAUAGGUCACAUGAAUGACGGUCUACGGGCUGGCUGGUUUCUUGACAGCGUGCUGCUCAGUGUUCCAGUUCAUGGCCAGCAGUACAUGUUCCCAUCACACAGGUGGCUCUGCAGAGAUGAGGCAGAUGGGAGGGUGGAGGUGGAGAUCUAUCCCAGUGAAGUCCUUGAAAUCGAGAAAUUGAUCAACUAUGAGGUGACAGUGGUGACAGGAAACGUGUUUGGAGCUGGGACGAAUGCACGCGUCUUUCUGCAGAUCUAUGGCACCGAAGGCAAAACGGAACUGCUCAGACUUGAGAACAGGUCAAACAAUUUUGAAAAAGAAACUACAGAGAUAUUUAAGAUCGAGGCUCUGGAUGUAGGCCAGGUCUAUAAGAUCCGUAUUGGGCAUGAUGGCUCGGGCUUGGCCGACGGCUGGUUCCUGGAUACCGUCCACGUCAAACGACUCAUCAUGGCGCUAGUGCCAAAGGAGGAGAAGGAAGACAAGAAGGAGGAGAAGGAGGAUAAGAAGGACAAGAAGAAGAAGAAGAAGGAUAAAGAGGAGGGUCCAGUAGAGGAAUGGAAGGAGGUGGUGAAGACUUACACCUUCACGUGUGAACGCUGGCUCGCCCAGGAUGAGAAUAAUGGAGAGAAUGUAGUAGAAUUGCGGGCGGAUGACUACGAUGAGCUUGAGGAGAAUACAUAUGAAGUGCAUGUGUUUACGGGGACUUUAUGGGCUGCUGGAACCGAUGCCAAAGUUUUUGUCAACAUCUACGGGGACAGUGGAGACACAGGAGAGAGACACCUACGCAAGUCCAAAAACUUCAACAAGUUUAUGUGUAACCAGGAGGAUACGUUUGUGGUCAGUGCAAUUGACCUCGGGCCACUAAAGAAACUGCGCAUUCGUCAUGACAACAGCAACGCAAAUGCUGGUUGGUUCCUUGAUCGUGUUGAAAUCGUUGAUUUAAAGGAUGAAACAAUGUAUUACUUCCCCUGCAUGAGAUGGCUGGCCGUAGAUGAGGAUGAUGGUCAGAUUGCUCGUGAGCUGGUGCCAGUGGACGAGGCCUUCAUGCACAAAGAGGAUAAGGAGGAUGAUGAUGAUGAUGAGGAGGGGGGGGACACCUCUUUACGCACUCUUUUGCUCGAGCAGAAAGCUAUGUCUACCACAUUUACUCUGAGAGUGAAGACAGGUGAAAAAAUGUAUGCUGGGACUGAUGCUAAUGUCUACGCCAUCCUGUAUGGCACCAAAGAUGACACAGGGAUAAUCAACCUGAAGGCCUCUAAGAACUACAAGAAUAAGUUUGAGGCAGGGAUGAUUGAUGAGUUUACAGUGGAGGCAGUGGACUUGGGUAGACUUAAGCGGCUUCGUAUUGGUCAUGACAACUCAGGUGGCUCUCCAGGCUGGUUUCUGGACUGGGUUGAGAUUGACGCUCCGUCGCUGGGGGAACGCUUGGUCUUCCCAUGUGGCCUCUGGCUGGACCGUGGGGAGGAGGACGGGGCCAUUCAGAGAGAUCUCUACCCAGCCCACCUCCAGACACAACACUACACACCAUUUGUUCCGUAUGAGAUCAAGGUUUUCACUACUGACAUCUUCGCUGCGGGGACGGAUGCAGAUGUGUUUAUUGUUCUGUAUGGUUGUGAUGGCGUGGGCACCACCCAGAAGUCUCUAUGUGCCAAUAAAAGAGAGAGGAAAAUGUACUUCAAAAGAGCUGCAGAGGACAUGUUCAUUGUAGAGUUGGAGGAUACUGGUGAAGUUAUAGAGAAGAUUCGUGUUGGUCAUGACAACCGUGGAGUGAAUCCAGGCUGGCACCUGGAUCGGAUUGAGAUCAGACAACUGCUGAGGAAGGGAAAGGGGUCAGAGACAGCGAUAUUUCCAUGUGAGAGAUGGUUGGCCACCUCAGAGGAGGAUGGGGAAACAAUCUGUGAGCUGGUGCCCUCUGAAAUCAUCACAGAGAAACUCGCACGAGAUGGAACUCUCAAAGUCUCCCAGUUUGAGGUGGACGACGCUCUAGAGAUUCACACCUACAAAGUUGUCGUGAAAACAGGUGACAUGUAUGGGGCAGGGACAGAUGCAAAUGUGUUCAUCACCAUCUAUGGAGAUCUGGGAGACACAGGGGAGAGGCCACUCAGCAAAUCAGCAACCAACAGCAACAAGUUUGAGAGUGGAGCGGUGGAUGAGUUCGAUUUAGAGGCUGUAGAGCUUGGACUGGUGUUUAUGAUCCGUGUUCGUCAUGACAACAGCUUGCUGAGUCCUGACUGGUACUUGGAGGAAGUGGAAGUGAUAGACCUGGACACAGAGAAGAAUUUCCUCUUCAUGUGUGAACGCUGGCUGUCCAGGAAGAAAGAGGAUAUGAAAAUCUGCCGAGUGUUAUAUGUAAAGGGUUAUGAGGGUCCCAGGGAUGGCAGUGGCUUACGGGGACUGGACAGCAACAUGAACCAGAGAGACAAAGACAGCAGAGACAAAGAGGACAGUUUAUUGAUCCCCUAUCACUUCACUGUGACGACAAGUGAUGAGGAUGAUGCGGGGACCACCAGCCGUGCAUUUGUCAUCAUCCAUGGACGAGAGGGAGCCACAGACCGUAUGUGGCUGGAAUUGCCCGAAGGAAAAAGCGGCUUUUUGCCUGGAGCUCUGGACAACCUCCACUGUCGAGGCAAAGAUGUGGGAGAUAUCAAACGAGUGGAGCUGGGUCAUGAUGGAGCAACUCCAGAGAGUUGCUGGCUGGUGCAUGAGUUGUCAGUUGCUGUGCCAACAAAAGCAGUGCAGUAUGUGUUCCUGUGUAAGUGCUGGUUGGCCAAAGACCGUGGUGACGGUCUCACUACCUGUGUGCUCCACAUCAUGGAUGCUGUUGUCAUCUCCAUUGCACAAAAGAUCAUCUAUGAGGUAACUGUGGUUACAGGUGAUGUGCAGAAUGCAGGAACAGACACACACAUUUACUUGACUAUAUUUGGGGUCAACGGAAGCUCAGAUGAGAAGCUGCUGCCAAAGAAUGGAGACAGAUUUGAGCGUGGACAAAAGGACACGCUCAUUCUUGAGGUUGAAGACAUUGCACCCCUGAGAAAGAUGCGGGUCCGAGUUGACGGCUCUGGCAGCCGACCCGACUGGUUCCUGGAAAGGGUUGCCCUGCGUAACGUACAAACUGAUGAAGUGGCAGAGUUUAGGUACUCUGAGUGGCUGUCGACCACCCUUGGCACCAAAAAGACAUUGAGCGCUGACAUGCCUGCUGUCAUAGACGGGGAAGAAAUGUUGGGGCUGACCAACUACAUUAUACACGUCAAGACAGGCGACACCAUGGGUGCAGGGACAGAUGCCAAUGUGUGGUUAAUGAUCUUCGGUGAGAAUGGGGACACGGGACCGCUGGCACUCAAACGCUCCAACAACAUUAACAAGUUUGAACGCAAAGAUAUGGACACCUUUCAAUUCCCAGACAUGCUCAGCUUGGGCAACCUUUCCAAAGUUCGGCUAUGGCACGACAAUGCAGGCCCAGCUGCUGGUUGGUUUGUUUUCAACGUGGAUAUACGAGAUGACGUCCUGGAUCAAACUUUCCGUUUCCCAUGCAAAAGGUGGUUUGCCAAGAAAGAGGAUGAUGGACAGCUGAUACGAGAGCUGGGCUGUGCCAACAACGACAUUCUGGACCUCAAUGAGACAACCAAGUAUGAAAUCAUCACAGUAACCGCAGAUACAGAUGAGGCAGAGACGCGAGAGAAUGUGUGGAUGAUCUUGGAGGGAAUGAAGGGACGUUCCAAAGAGCUUGUUCUAGAAAAUUCAGCGAAGAAAAGGCGAUUCCUACGCGCGAGCACAGACAGAUUUGAGUUCACCACUAAGGUUGUGGGUAACAUUGCGGGUAUCUGUGUUGGCCACAUACCCAAAGAUGGGAAGAAGCCCAAAACUGAAUCCUUUUGGCAUGUGUUAGAAGUCACUGUCAAAGAGAAAUCGCUCGGAAACAGGUUCAUAUUCAACUGUAACGCUCCGAUUCCCCUCUCCACCAAACGUGACGACCCGGUGAUGUUCGAGCGCAGCAAGAUCGUGGAGAGCUUUAUCUCCAAGGCCCGCAGCCUGCGACCAGUCACGUACGAGAUCAUCGUGGUCACGGGUGAUGAGAAAGGGGCGAGCACAAACGCCAACGUCUUCAUCACACUCUUUGGCACCACUGGGGAUUCGGGCCGCCGGGGCUUGCGCCAGCGCCUGCGUAACUUGUUUGAGGCCGGCCGGACCGAUUUCUUCUCAUUGGAGCUGCUGGACAUGGGCGAUCUGACACACGUGAUCAUGGAGCACGACAGCAAGGGCCUCGACCCCAGCUGGCUGCUGGAACGCGUGGACGUCAUCAACACCGCCAACGGAAUCACGACCUCCUUCAUAUGCGGAAAGUGGUUGGACAAGAAUCAGGCGGACGGACUGACGCGCCGCGUGCUCUUCCCCAAAUACUGACGUACUCGUGCACCGCUCCCAAGAUGCACCGCUCCCAAGAUCAAAUGAAUACUGACGUACUCAUGCACCGCUCCCAAGAUCAAAUACUGACGUACUCAUGCACCGCUCCCAAGAUCAAAUGGAAACUACAUUUCUGAUGUUACAAAAAUUACAUAUUACGCCCCAGCCGAGGCGCAACUGGCUGGGGCACCUGCACCAUACGCCGACGACCCGGGUUCGAUUCUUUUAAAUAUAUUAAAAAUAUAUAUAAAUGUAACCGGGUGAACAGAGGGCAGGGGAAUUUCACGUUGUAGCUUUAAGAGGCGAGCCGCGGGAGAACUUUUAAACAGUAAAUAAAACAGCUCGCGCACAAUGACGUCAGUUAAAGCAAAAGUGUCGUUGAAGGCAACGUGUCAGAUUCUCCAGCCGGUACGUAGGUAAAAUAAAUAAUCUAUCAAUAUUCAUUAAAUAUACUAUAACUCGACAGUAAAUGCCUGAAUAUGUGAUGGAGCUAGUGCUGUGAAGUUUAGGGAAUAAUGACAUUUUGUUAUUAAUGGUUCUUGUAGAUAGUGCAUCAGACCGGAGCUACAUCUCCCACUAGAACUAAGCUGAGAGCGGGACGAAGCAGCGUAGCAGCGUGAGUGUUAGCGAUUCCUCACAGAGUUUAGCCGAUCCACACGGAGUUUUAAUACAUCUACCACACUGAGUUAGAUAAAACUACCAACGGUCGUAUUGUCUCUAUAGUCCAAUAAAUGUGCUGAUUUCUUUCCCCGUUGUAUAACACUUGUUAAAUACAGAGGGGAGUUUGAAGCUACAUUAGCUGGUGACAGCCAACGGUCACAUCCAGGGGUUUAAACGAGUGAGUGUACCAUUUCGAUGGUUAACAAGCAUUUAGUUGUGUAUGUGUUUGUCAUGUGAUGUCAACUGUUGGUUGAGUGAUUAUCGUUUUUAAUGAUUUCUGAAUGAAACAAAUACAGGUAAAAUGUUUAUUGAGUCAGUGUGAUAUGAGUUAAAUGCAGAGUAACAUAUUUUUAAUUACUUCAUUUUCUAAAUGGAACAAAUACAGACAAAAUGUUUAAUGGGUCAGUGUGAGAUGAGUUAAAUGCAGAGUUACAUGUUUUCCCCUUUUAAUGCAUUACAAUGGGUUACAUUGAAUGUACUGUGUUAGAGGCAGCUACUGCUAAGAGUUAAAUGUGAUGAUAGAGGUGGCUUGGUAAAUGUGCUAUGUUGUUAUUUAUUUCUUGUUGUUUCUAUUUUUCUUUUACUCCAGUCACCCAGAGCCACUACUGUUGCCUAUUGUCAUUAGAACAUAUUCGAUUACUGUUUGUCAAUCUGCACUGGAAGUUAGAGUUUUUUUUUAUUUUGUUGAUCUACUUUACCUAAAUCCAUACAGUUAAAGCUGCUCUCAACCAGAAGCAGUCGGGGAAUAAAAGACCUGCAGUAAAAU